CAUGCCCGUAUUCAGUUGCAGGUGGUUCUCAAAAAUCUGAGAAUAUUCAGAAAGAUAGUCAAAUUCAUAUCUUUCCACAAAGUAAGGAGUUCCCUCCUUUAAUCUGCAGGACAUCUUACAUUUCCCAAAAUAUUUUCAGGAACAAAUCGGCGAGAAGUCAGAGCAAAACAGGAAAAAUAACAUACUUGCUUUAUGAAACAUAAUACACAACAUCCGGGACUAGCAUUAGCCACUGUAGCAUGGUGGGGGAAAAGGGUGUUUCAUGAAGAAAGUAUGCAUAUUUUCCCCGUUUCUUUUUGCCUUCUCUCCAUUAAGUCGAAUGAAGGCGAAAACCGACGCCGUUGCAGCCUGAAUGGACAAUGUUUUAUGUACGAACCGGUCCACGGGGGAUACGAGUGUAUAGCUGGCUGCAUACAUUCCAUUCGGAUGAUCAGUCUCCUGUGUAUCGACCCUCUGAAUGGUCGUUAUCUAACCAAGAGCAGCUGUCACUCAGUCCCUUCUGAGAUUGAGAGAGCACUCAGCUGUUUCACAUGAAACAAGCGCUCACUUACUUCAGUUGAGUCUGUCACACACUAGACAAGGCUACAUCUCCACGUUUCGGACACUGCACCUCUUCCCACCAUCCAGCCGUCCACUCCUCUGCUUCAGCGAACAUGUACGGCAGCGCCCGUUCCGUUGGCCGAGCGGAUGCCAACCACAGCGGAGGAGGGAGAGACGCUGGGAGGGAUGGGGGGAGCAGCCAGGGUUCUGGGCGCUCCCCUCGUCUCCCCCGCUCACCACGGAUGGGUCACCGUCGCACAAACAGCACGGGGGGCAGCGGAGGAUGUCCAGGCGGAGCGGGGGGUAAGACCCUCUCCAUGGAGAACAUCCAGUCCCUCAAUGCAGCCUAUGCCACCUCAGGACCCAUGUACCUGAGCGACAACGAGGUCGCCAUGUCCGACCGCGUUAACAAGAGCGGUCGGGAGAUGACCACAAUGGGGCGACAGAGGGUGACAUACGGGUCAAGGGCGAGCGCAGGUGGGGGUGGAGGCGUGGCAGCCAGCACACCAAACAUCGCCACAUCGGCCCCAGCCAACGCUGUGCUCCCUGGGGGAAUGAUGGCAGGUGACUCCCUGGCUUUUGGGGAUCACCACAUGGCCUCUACGGUGCCCCACUCCCUGAGACAAGCCCGGGAUAACACCAUACUGGACCUGCAGGCCCAGCUCAAAGAGGUUCUGCGUGAGAAUGAGUUGCUGUGUCGUGAGGUGGAGGUGAAGGAGAGCAAGCUGAGUUCCUCCAUGAACUCCAUAAAGACCUUCUGGAGCCCUGAGCUGAAGAAGGAGAGAGCCCUAAGGAAGGACGAGGUGUCCAAGAUCACUGUCUGGAAGGAACAAUACCGCGUGGUGCAAGACGAGACACAGCACCUCCACAUGACGGUCCAGGCCUUGCAGGAUGAAUUGAGGAUCCAGAGAGACCUGAACCAGCUUCUCCAGCAGGACCCUGCCAGCCAGGGUCGCGAACUGGCCCUGAACUCUGAACCCACGGAGGAGAACUACCGGCGGCUUCAUGGGGACCACGAGCGUCAGGCCAAGGAGCUGUUCCUGCUCAGAAAGACCCUGGAGGAGAUGGAGCUGAGAAUAGACACCCAGAAACAGACCCUGGGUGCCAGGGACGAGUCCAUCAAGAAACUGCUGGAGAUGCUGCAGAGCAAAGGGCCGUCGGCUAAGGCCUCAGAGGAAGACCAGGAGAGAACCAGGAGACUGGCUGAUGCUGAGAUGCACAGACACCAUCUAGAGUCCCUACUGGACCAGAGAGACAGGGAGACGACUGCUCUACGAGAGGAGCUGCAUCGUCGAUACGAGGGAACCCCAGAGUCCACCAAAACCAAGGCUCUACAGACAGUCAUCGACAUGAAGGAUGCUAAGAUCAACUCUCUGGAGCGAGGUCUGAGGGACAUGGAGGAGGAGGUGAUGAUGCUCAAGUCCAACGGCCUGCUGAGCUGUGAGGAGAGACAGGAGGAUAUGAAACAGAUGGAGGUCUACCGCAGCCACACCAAGUUCAUGAAGAACAAGAUGGACCAAGUAAAGCAGGACAUGUCCAGGAAGGACACAGAGCUGCUAGGUUUACAGACCAAGCUGGAGACUCUGACCAACCAGUUCUCUGAUAGCAAACAGCACAUCGAGGUCCUCAAGGAGUCGCUGACCGCUAAAGAACAACGAGCUGCCAUCCUACAGACAGAGGUGGAUGCGUUGCGUCUGCGUCUGGAGGAGAAGGAGACCACGCUGAACAAGAAGAGUAAACAGAUCCAGGAGAUGUCUGAGGAGAAGGGCACGCUCAACGGAGAGAUCCACGACCUCAAGGACAUGCUGGAGGUCAAGGAGCGCAAGGUCAACGUCCUGCAGAAGAAGAUUGAGAACCUGCAGGAACAGCUGAGAGACAAGGAGAAGCAGAUGAGCAGCCUGAAGGAGAGAGUCAAGUCUCUACAGACAGACACCUCUAACACAGACACAGCUCUUAACACACUGGAGGAGUCCCUCGCUGAGAAGGAGCGUAUCAUCGAGCGUCUGAAGGAGCAGAGAGACAGAGACGACAGGGAGAAGACUGAGGAGAUCGACAGCAACAAGAAAGAACUGAAGGAUCUGAAGGAGAAAGUCAGUCUGCUGCAGGGAGAUCUGUCUGACAGAGAGACCAAUCUGUUGGACCUAAAGGAGCAUGCAUCAUCCCUGGCCUCCUCGGGGCUGAAGAAGGACUCCAAGCUGAAGAGUAUGGAGAUUUCUCUGGACCAUAAGAAGGAGGAGUGUCUCAAACUGGAGAACCAUCUUAAGAGGGCCCAGAAUGCGACUUUGGAGGCCAAGGCGAACACAGAGCUGUCGGAACGCAUCACCUCCCUGGAGCAGGAAGUGACCCGACACAGAGAGGAUUCUGGCAAGGCUCAGGCGGAGGUGGACCGGCUGCUGGAGAUCCUGAGAGAGAUGGAGAAUGAGAAGAACGACAAGGACCGCAAGAUCAACGAGCUGGAGAAUCAGUCCUCCAGGCAGACCAAGGACCAGAGUAAGAAGGUAGCGUCCCUGAAACACAAGGAGCAGGUGGAGAAGAGUAGGAACGCCCGACUGGUGGACGAAGCUAAAAAGAGAGAGGACAACAUCUCAGAGAGCUCUCAACAGGUCAAGGACUCUCUGCGGUUGAAGACUGAGCGUAUCGAGGAGUUAGAGGAGGCUCUGAGGGAGAGUGUUCAGAUUACAGCAGAGAGAGAGAUGGUGCUGGCACAGGAGGAAGCUGCCAGGAACCACCAGGAGAAACAGAUUGAGGAGCUCCUGGGGGCCAUGGAGAAGGUAAAACAGGAGCUGGAGUCUAUGAGGGCCAAGCUAUCAUCUACCCAACAGUCCCUGUGUGAGAAGGAGACUCACCUGACCACUUUGAGGGCCGAACGCAGGAAACACCUGGAGGAGGUGCUGGAAAUGAAACAGGAGGCGCUGCUGGCAGCCAUCAGUGAGAAGGACGCCAACAUUGCCCUGCUGGAGCUGUCCUCGUCCAAGAAGAAGAAGACGCAGGACGAGGUGGCUCUGCUAAAGAGAGAGAAGGACCGUCUGGUACAACAGCUCAAACAGCAGACUCAGAACCGUAUGAAGCUAAUGGCAGACAACUAUGAGGAUGACCACUUGAAGACCGCUCCCGACCAGACCAAUCACAAACCUUCUCCAGAUCAGAUGAUCCCCCCUCUCCUGUCCCUGAGUGAGAAUCGCAAUAAGCUUAAGCUCUACAUUGCCCACCUGACUGACCUCUGCCACGACCGAGACCCCAGCAUCCUCAGUGUCCUGACCCCACCCCCCCACUAUCACCACGCCAACCCACCAGCCUGGGAGGAGGAGCUACACAAGAUGACUUUGGAGCAGUUGGAACUGGAGUUGGAGUUGUGUGAGAAGGAGAGCGGGGAGCUGCAGGAGUAUGCCAACUCAGUGCUGCAGCAGAUCGCUGACUACUGCCCUGACAUCCUGGAGCAGGUGGUCAACGCGCUGGAGGAGUCCUGCUGAACUCUCACCUUUAUAGACCACCCCCUGAUGACCCCAGGACCCUGCAUGAGCUUCAGACAACCUUCCUCCCAUCUAUCCACACGUGAUCUUGGCGGAGGGAGGACUGAGCGAUCAUACUACACCCCCACAUGCUCAAUUCUCAUUCCUGGGGAGAUUCACCAGCCUGAGGAGAUGAUGAUUAUUAACUGAUGAAGAACAGUCACACAGUGGGCUAAUGGUGGAAGGAUGUAGAUGCAUGCUGGUCAUGGGUUGUGUUCAGUCGUGCACAUCGCACAAAAACGUUUUGAAAGAGAAAACAAAGUUAAGGUAGCACCUCCCUGUUUCAUUUUUUUCAAAGUUUUCUACGUUUUUGUCCCUACUGACACAACCGUUGUUUUCUCUUUGUAUCUAAACCAGUGUUUUUUCUGAAUGGUGGGGAGUCAUGGCAUGGAAAUGUUUAAAAACCAGUGACCAUUAAAACAAAAACAUUUAGCAUAUAUUAUGUGUUAUUUCCUAUGUUUGACAUUAAGAAUCUCCUAUGUGAGUUUCUGAACAACAAAACUUUUCCCAUUUCCCCCUCAACCACCCAAUGAGAGAGAGAGAGAGACUAGCUGGGUUUUAGGGCUUGUGGGGCUUUAUCUCUGGCUGACUUACUGCAUGUUCUGUGAACGUAUCUUAAGACAUAAGAGGGAGGAAUCCUAACUCAAUAUCCUAACUUGAACUUCCACACACAUCUCCCAUUGACAUCAGUGUCUGAUUUACAUCAAGUAAGGAUUUUGACCGGGGGGGGGGACAGGCAGGCAGGCAGUGGUUGGUUUUAGAUGGUUUUGCACACAGCACCCUCUUCAAUAUGUGGUAUGCAACGUUAGUUUAUUUUAGCCACGUACACUUCUAGUAGUGGACCACAGGAGGUUGGUGGCACCUUAAUGGGUGAGGACAGGCUCGUGGUAAUGGCUGUAGGGGAAUGGUAUCAUAUACAUCAAAAACAUGGUUUCCAUGUGUUUGAAUCCAUUCCAUUUACUCCGAUCCAUGCCUUAUUAUGAGCCGUCCUCCCCUCAGCACCCUCCACUGUAGUGCACUAUAUGGAAUAUGGUGUCAUUUGGGGACGGUACGAUAGAGUGGCCUUUGAGUGUGCAAAGGGAUCAAUACUGGACCUACAUGAGGGACCUUUUUCUUCCUCAGUUCUAUUGGUGCUACAGCUUGACAUAAGACAUGAAGAGAUUACCAGUCAUAGGAUCUCAUCCAAAGUUUCUAUAGAUAUGACUUUGUAAAACAUUAUCAUUGUUUAAUUUAUGAUUGAAUUAUGUUCCCUGAGAUUGACGUUGCCCCUUUUGUGCAUUUUUCCAAAGCUUCUGAGUGUACGGUUCUUGUAAUGAAAUGAUAGUGAAUCCUACUUAAAAGGAUAUGAAAGUCCCUUCCCAGUGGGUUUGAACCUUUUUUUAAAUCAAUUAGUGACUCAUUAAAUACGUAGUGACUAGGGUUGAAUAUUUUCCUGGUGUUUUAGAAAUGUUCCGUCCCGAAAAUAAAUCCCUUUUCUCCUGGGUAACCUGGUGUUUCCCACCAAAACCGGAGGUUUCAUUCAAAAGAAUUAUAAAGCAUAUAUGUUUGGAUUUGAUUAGAGCUUUGAUCAGCAUGAACAUUCUAACCUGAAUCUAGCUGAGCCUGAUGAGCCAUAUAUUUUAAAAACAUUUAUGAGCCCUACAUUAACAACAUUUAAUGAGCCUAAGCCCAAAAAUGCCCAAAUGAUUAUGCCAUUAUGAUUAUGCCAUUAUCCAAUACAUGUAUGAUAAAGGCUACUGCACAUUAUGCGUGACAGAAAAACAUAGAAGCCCCUAGAUGUAGCCAGCUAUAGCCUAUGCUCUCUUGGGUAAAUAAAUGAAACUAGCUCCAGUAGGCUAAUAUUUUUGACUGUGGACUGUAUUGUAUUAUAUGGACUGGAAUUAGGCACGUCAUUGAAACCAUGAUGAAGCAGAAGAGAACAUGCAAUUCUGGUGCAGCACAUGCGGCCUACAAAGUUCAAAGUAUUGGCUAGCGAAUUUGAUUUUAAUUUUGAAAUAUAAUUGGGCCUAUUUGUAUAAUUAGUAGGCUGACAUUUCUAUACCUACCUGUUUAUAAACCCUGAAUGUUAUCCUCUUUCUCUCAUUCUUUCCGUGCUUUCAACAAUUCAAUUAAAUGCGUUUCGUUGUCCUUAUCUUCAUCAUUCUAAUGACAUUCUUGAAUAAUAUAGGACUAGAAUUAGAUGCAACAGGCUUUCACUUCGCAUCACAAAGAUUGAAUGGUUAUGGGUCUAAAUAAAUAACUGCUAUAGCCUACCGCCAUCGCGAGUUCACUCAUCUUUCAAAUUACCCAUGAGUUCUAUUGACUUCUGUGUAUAACAUUCAGCUAAAAAGAGAAGGCAUCCCUCUUCAAAUAGUCUAUUAGUAUAAAAAAAAGCUUUAAAAAAUGAUGUCCAGCAAGCUAUUCUGGUCUAGCUUUUCCUGCAUGGGACUCCAAGAGCUAAGGAGUGUUUUUUUUAAGGAUAGAGGUCAGCGGAGCACAGGUGCUUGCGUAUUGGAUAAGAGACAGAGGCUAUAAGUUAAAGCUUAUUAUGCAUAACCCAUCAUUAAUUAGCUAAAUAUAAGGCUAAUACUGCAUUGAACGUAUUACCCGUAGAAGGUAGGCUAGAACAUCUCUAUAUAUAGGGCUAUAUAUCAAUCUAGAACAGGAUUAUCUAUUUUGGAUGGAGUUGAUGGAGAGCGACAGAGAAAAAACAAGACCCCCGUAAGCCAGAAGGAGAUGGGUAAAUUAGAUCUUUAUAUUACUGUAACAUAGGCCAUGCUGCAGCAAAUGUAGUCCCACCUGUCACAAGAACAAAAAGUUGAGAUGAUAGGUCUACAUGCAUUAUGAACUGUGCUCCAUACUGAGAUGGGCUGCUGUCUGUCCCCACCCUGAGCGCUGAUUCAUGCAGAGGCCGUAGAGAAGCCAGAUUUAGAUAUAGCAUAUAAUGUAACAGUUCCAUUUCACACCAUACUGUUCAUAUAAAUCAUUUAUUAUAAUUUACCGGUUUCUCGCAGUUAUUUAUCCCAGGGAAAAGCGAGUGAUUUUUUAGAGGUAAAUCCCGGUAACCGGGUUCCCACCGUUCAACCCUAGUAGUGACUACAUAAAUGUAACCCAGUGGAAGAUGUUGUGAAUUCUGUAAAAAAACAAAGUGAGAAGCUAAAAGCAGUGCAGUUAGUUGUCUAUUUUGUGUGUGUGUGUCUCAAUUUGUCUGAAGACAAAAGAUAUGACCGUACUGCCAUAAAUUGCAGAAAGUCAUGUUCUAUAAAUAUAUAUACAUAUAAAAGUAUGAUGUUGACCAUAUGGAUAUAUAUGCAUUGAAUGUUUGCACAGAAUCGUGAGGAGCAAGGCUCUCUGAACAAAAUGGCAGACCGUUCUAGUGUCUUCAGCUAAAACUGGAGAAAUAUUUCUAAAAAAUAAAAUAAAAAACUUUUAUAAAUGUCAAAUUACAUGUAAACUUCAAAUGUUUUCAAACUGUGACUGUGUAGAGGGAGAGUACUUUUUAUUUUAUUUCAUUUAUGUAUAUUUCUUGAAUUUUUUAUGUAUACUUUUUCCACAUGAUGUAAACGUAUUACCCUGAGGUUCCAGUGUUUAGUUAUUUCAUAUGUCCGAGAUGUUUGUGGGAAUGACGCCCCCUAGACUGUGUUCCCCUGUUCUCCACAUGUCUCACACAGUAGUCUGACCGUUUAGGACAGAACGGUCUCCAACCAUGGUUCUCCUGAUAUUCAGUGGCCUGAUUUACAGAGCACGCUGCCAGUCUCUGGCAUUUAGAAAUGCUCUGUACAGUACAUUUCUAUUUCAAUCUGUCCAUGGUUGAACAAUGAUAAGUUACAAAUCAGCUUGGUCUCCAGGACCAGAGUUGGAGACUAGGCUACUGUUUAGGUUCUCUUAUCCUGCCCCUUGUCCAUAAACCAGGAUGUGAUUCUAAAGUACUCUCUAUGGCCAUCUCCCUUUCCAGAAGUAAUUACUGACCUGAUAAAAUCGUAGAGGUAAAAGCAAAGGGUUUCACUGGUCAGCUUUCACCUAUCCAGGUCAUGUGAACAGUUUUAUUUCAGGAAGGAGGGAAAAAAAAUGUGUCUUUCAAAAAAGUUGCAACGGGGCCCUAGCCUGUGUAUCCCUGCCCUUGCCUUAAUGUCUGUGGACUCACCAGUCUGUGAUGGUCUUUGUUUUCAACUCUUCAUUCAGGAACACAGUGCUGUUAAAGGGGCUACUUCUAAAGUCAUGGUUCUCGUUUAAUUUUUUUAAACUUUCUUUUGCAUUUGUUAAAGAAAUGUACUGCCUUCCGUCUGUGUUAAUGAUGAAAAAUGUUACGUAAAAUUAAAGCAAAACAGACACGUUUGAGUAUUUGCAUUUUGUAUGUAUGUAAAUAAACAUAUCCUAUCAGUC